CUCCUCUAAUCAGCUGGGCCCUCAAAGAUAAAUGAAGGAAGGAAUCUUCAAGUUUGAAGCUCAACUCUUUCACAAACGCUAUCACAAAGAAUAUUGAGGAGCAGAAGAUUUACUGAAGAACAAAGAGAGGGAUGUAAUUACUACAAGUCACCACCAGGUGCUAGAGAAAGGGGGCAUCCUUGGAAAGAUUAUAGGAAAUAAGGAGGGGCCCAAAAGACUAUAAAAAGCCUGCAGGAUCCGGAAUGGUUCUCUUUCGCUUGACUGUGAUGGGUCAUUCUUGUUCACUGCCUAAGCAGGAGAGCAGAGGAGCGCUGGCAGAAGGACAGUCUGAAGAUCAUUUAGUAUCCACAUGCCUGGAGCAGCAGAGCGUUUACUGAGCUCCCUGAGAUUUCCCAAAUAUUUAUACACACUGCUGCUCCCUGCAUAUACUGCAGCGCAUUCCUGACUCCGUCACCUGCACAGAGAACCUCCUCUGAUUCUCAACAUUUGGAAGCAUACAGAGAAAGAAUGUUGAAGAUUCUACUUAUCACUACUCUGAUUCAUUUAACUUGUGAACAAGACACAGAAGAUACAAUAACCUACACUCAAUGUACUGAUGGUUACGAGUGGGACCCAGUAAGACAACAAUGCAAAGAUGUUGAUGAAUGUGAAAUUGUACAUGAUGCAUGUAAGGGUGGAAUGAAAUGUGUUAACCACUAUGGAGGGUAUCUUUGCUUACCGAGAACUGCACAAAUACUGGUUAAUAAUGGACAAGAUGAUAGCUCUCACACACCACAGGAGCCUGCUGGCUCCCAACAAACUAAUGGGCAGAAUGCAGAGGUCUAUAACCCCCCUGAUGUUCAACACAUGGUUCCAAGUUCCCCGCAGCGAAUACAAUGUGCACCUGGCUAUGAACCAACUGCACAAAAUAUGUGCCAAGACAUAGAUGAAUGUGCUGCAGGAACCCACAAUUGCAGACCUGAUCAAAUAUGCUCCAAUCUGAGAGGUACUUUCAGUUGCCAGUGCCCCAGAGGACUUCAAAGAAGAGGGGACCAAUGUAUUGACAUUGAUGAGUGUGCAUUGUCGUCAUUUUGUCAUCAUCAUUGUGUUAACACAUUUGGUUCAUACUAUUGCCAGUGCAAUCCUGGGUUUCAGCUUUCAGCCAACAACUAUAGCUGCACAGAUAUCGAUGAGUGUGCUAGUAGUCCAUGUGCGCAGGAAUGUUACAACAUGGUUGGGUCAUACUUCUGCCAAUGUAAUGCCGGCUAUGAGUUGAGCCGAGAUAGAGUUAAUUGUGAAGAUAUUGAUGAAUGCAGAACAUCCAGCUAUUUGUGUCAAUACCAAUGUGUCAAUGAACCAGGAAGGUUUUCCUGUGUAUGUCCUGAAGGCUAUCAACUUGUUGGAAGCAGAACAUGUCAAGAUAUAAAUGAAUGUGAUACUGAGGCUCAUGAAUGCGGAGAAGAUACCACAUGUUGGAAUUAUUAUGGUGCAUACCGAUGUUACCCAAGAAACCCUUGUCAAGAACCAUAUGUUCGCAUGUCUGAGAAUCGGUGUGUCUGCCCUGUUGCAAAUCCCCUCUGCCGAGACCAGCCAUACAGCAUUCUCUACAAAUACAUGAGCAUUCAUUCAAGCAGGCCAGUUCCUUCUGAUAUCUUUCAAAUUCAGGCUACCAUGAUUUACUCUAAUACAAUCAACACAUUCAGGAUCAAAUCUGGAAAUGAAAAUCAAGAUUUUUACUUGCGGCAUACAAGUGGAAUCAGUGCAAUGCUCGUUAUGAUGAAGUCGUUGACUGGACCAAGAGAAUAUAUUGUUGAUCUGGAAAUGGUGACAGUAAACAGCUUAAUGAACUAUCGGACAAGCUCCAUAUUGAGGUUAACAAUAGUAGUGGGACCAUAUUCAUUUUAAAUAUGUGAGAUUAAGCACUGGGAAUUGCCAAAUACGAUCAUCUAUGGUACAUCACUACUAUUUUAUUUAAACAUUUCAUUGAAAUUCAUUAAUCGAAGUUCAGAUUAAAAAGAUAUUAAAACAAUAAUAGCUAUAAUGUACAAAAAUAUAUAAAAUAUACUUGUUUUGGCUUUUGGCUACUUGAUUGCAUUUAGUAUUAUAAUGAUUGAGUUCCUAUUACCAAAAUAUAAAAUUCAUGAAAACAAUAUAACUAUAAACAUUUUUAUUAUGUAAAUAGUUUGCCAGUAGGACUACAUUGAUUUGAUUUCUUUUUAUUGCGUAUGAGGAUUUCAGAUUACUUUUUUUUCCACAUAUUGGGCCAGAUUCAGUUCAAUGAUAAAACAUUGUUUUAUGGUUUGUCAUGUGAAAAACUUAUGGGCGAGAUUCAAUUUGAGAAGAAAGAUCUGUUCUAAUUCAGUUCCAGUUUUCCCAUAGACUUCAAUAGAGUGAAUAACCAGUAAGAUACGUUUUUAUUUCACUAAAUUGCAUCUGGCUCUAUGAGAAAUUCUGGAACUUUCAUCAAACUGAAUCUAGUCACAGGCUUGUGCAAAAACCCAUUAUCCAAAAAAUCUUUGAAUAACAGGUAUGUCUCUGUAAUUGGGAUCUUCAUACCUUAAGUCUACUAGAAAAUCAUUAAACAUUAAAUAAACCCAAUAGGCUGGUUUGGCUUUCAAAAUGGAUUAA